AAAGGAUCUCAUACGUAAAAGGUGCCUAUAGUUUCCCCAACAGCUCGCAUUCUUGCUGUUUUUCUGAUUUAGAGCCUAGCCCCUAACAAUUGGUACUUACUAAUGGGACUCAGAGAGAGAUGUCAUAAUUUUGCUAUAAUGGGCUGUAACCUCGAUUCGACCUCAGCCCUGCAGCAGCCCCAGGCUGAGAAAGGUGAAGCUCUAGCGAGUCUCCAGAGGGUGGCGCACGAGGCCGACUGACAGUCGGGAGCUGGCAGCGGGCUCGCGCUCCAGGCGCGCGCCCCAGCCCUCUAGCAUCCACCCAACUCCCCCAUUUAGUGCGCGAGUUUACCUCUAGAGGUCAUCAGGCAGGAUUUACGACUGGACAACAAAAGCACGUGAUAUGAAGCCGUACCCCAUAUUUGGGUGCCUACGUAGGAGGGAACCAAGUACAUGUCCCAGUCAUUUCCAUAAUUCAUCAUAAAUUGUGCAAGGGUGCUAUAGACGCACCAAAAAACGAAGCAAAGAGCCACAAAUCAAGGCCCCCCGAUUAAAAAAAAAACAGCCAACAACAACAACAAAAAACCCAACAACCCCCAACAACAACAACAAAUGAGCUCCUAUUUUGUAAACUCAUUUUGCGGUCGCUAUCCAAAUGGCCCGGAGUACCCGUUACAUAAUUAUGGAGAUCCGAGUGCCGUGAGCGAGCAAUUCAGGGAAUCGGCCAGCAUGCAUUCCGGCAGGUACGGCGGCUACGGCUACAAUGGCAUGGACCUCAGCGUCGGCCGCUCCGCUUCCAGCCACUUUGCGCCAGGGGGGGCCACGGAGAGGGCUCGCGGCGGCAGUUACCCCUCCAGCGCCAGCGCCAACGCCAACGCCAGCGCCGCCACCCCCGACGCCAGGUACGCCAACCGGGCGGCGGCCGCUCACUCGCCUCCGCCUGACUCGCUGCCGUGCGCCGCCGUGGCCGCCUCGCCUGUCAGCGGCGACGCUCAUCACGGCGGGGGGAAAGCCUCCGCCGUUAACUCGACCACCAGCACUUCGUCCACGUCCAGCGGCAGCGGCAGCAACGGCAGCGCCAGCGCCAGCAGCAACCACCUGGGCAGAGAAGGGCUUAGCGCGUCGCCGGGCGCCCAGGAGGACCCUCCCGCCAGCAGCGAGCAGGCGACCUCCCAGCAGAACGACCAAAACCCAGCGCAACAACCUCCCCAGCCCCAGAUCUACCCCUGGAUGAGAAAACUGCACAUAAGCCAUGACAACAUAGGGGGGCCCGAAGGGAAAAGGGCUCGGACUGCUUACACCCGUUACCAGACCCUGGAGCUGGAGAAAGAGUUCCACUUCAAUAGGUACCUGACCCGCAGGAGGAGGAUUGAAAUAGCACAUGCCCUUUGCCUCUCAGAGAGACAGAUCAAGAUCUGGUUCCAAAACAGGCGCAUGAAAUGGAAAAAGGAUAACAAGCUGAAGAGCAUGAGCAUGGCAGCCGCAGGAGGAGCCUUUCGCCCUUAAGAGCAAUGCCAGUCCCGCUUCUCCCAUCCCCCCACCCCGGAGAGGGGAAAACGAUACAGAUACAAAAACACCGCAACAAUCGAACAGUGUUAUAAGCGCUGACCCUGCGUGGAGCGUCAGUCGCUUCGUUUCUCUUUCUCUUCCCCACUUUCUCUUCCUCUCCGCCUCUCCCUCUUCCACUGACUUGCUUAACUUCCCUAGGAGAGCGAACCAGCCCUCUGCUGAUGUAUCUUUUAAUCAUGAGCCUGUUUAAUUGAGCCUCCCUAGCGCGUGUUACUGUAGAUCGGCUUCCCGUGCAUUUCUUUGUCUUGAAUAGCUUUGUCUUUUUAAAAAACUGUCGAUGUUUUAACUUAUUUAUAUGAAGCGAGUGGUGUUACUUGAAGUAACUGUAAAAACGGGAAAACAUAGCCCUACGCACACACUAAAAGAAAGGAAAGGAAAGGAAAGGAGACAGGUCCCUCUCCUUCCUUCCUUCCUUCCUUCCUUCCUUCCUUCCUUCCUUCCUUCCUUCCCCUCACACUCAAUCCGGUUUAAACCCAGUGUUUUUCUCUGUGUUGUUGCCCUCGCUGUGCUUAACCAUGCAUGUGUGUUUGAACGUGUCAGUGUAUGUAUAACUCCAAGCUGUGGCCAAGAUUUCCAAUCAGAAAAAAAAAAUACUACCUAUCUAAUUCCUGUGUCAUUAAUGGCUGUUGUAGAGGUGAAAUUAUGAAAUACAAACUGAACGUGUCCUAA